AUGAAAGAUGGGGUGAGUUUUAUUUCAUUGCUUUCUAAGAGACCAGUUUCAUGGUUAUCUUUUCUUGCCGCACCACUUCUUCACAUCGUAGGACUUGGCUUCUCACAAAUCCUCAUUACCUCAGCUGCUUUGUUCUUCUCUUCUCUCUUCUUCCCUCUCUCAAUCCAAAAACCAAACUCUCUAAUAGACUCCAAGGUCGAAGAUCAAGAUCUUGAUAAGCAAGACUCUUCAAGAGACAUGGAAAUGUCUAAUGACGAAGACGACGGGACAAUCCCUGAUGAGGAAAGCCUCAUAGAGCUCUCCUUGCCAAGCGGUCACUACGUAGGCCACCACUUCAGUACUAUGAAUGGACGACAAGAUUUCAGGUUUAUCCAACUAUCAGCCGAAUUUGAAGACGAUAAUCUUAUCGAAAUCGACAUUUCCAUUGGUUCCAUCAAGUGUUCGGGGUUCGAGAUCAAAGCCUGA